AUGGAUGGAACAAGCGGCGGCGGCCUGGUGAGCGACGUGCACCCGAACGGCGGAGACAUCGACUCGCUGCUGUCGAGCGACGCGGACAAGAAGCCGCGGCGGCUGCACGAGCCGUACGAGCGGCACCGCGCGCACGACCUGCGCGCCGAGUGCUACCGGCGCGGGCUGCGGCCCAUCAAGAAGGGCCCCCACGCCAACGACAACAAGGGCGGGUACAUCGAGCUCCUGCGCCGCAACGACGGGAGUACCGGACCCGCUCUGAAUUCCACCAACCCUGUGAAUAUUAAUAAUGGAGCACUACCGUCUCUACUCCGAGAAAGUCAAAGUGACCAAAGCGUCGGCAACGCCACGGAAAACGACGUGCAAAUCAUGGUCAACAACAAGAGGAAACUGCCGACCAUGACGAUGCAGACUCAGACUCAGACGGACUCGAAUGGAUCAGGUGAACUUCAAGGGUUCUACGAAGGGGGUCAACCCACGCUGGUGCCGGUACUGCCCAUGCAGUACCCUAGCAACCCCAAUUUAAACAAGGCGUCGGCCAAUCCGACCACGGACCUGGAGAUUCUGAGCGGCAUCGCCAACUCGUACACGCAGAACGCGGCGGCUGAUGGACAAUUGUGCGGCAAUUGCCGGACGGUGGUCACGGAUCAGCUGAUGGAGUCCAUUCGGCUGGGCAAGACCAAGAUGCAGCUGCAGGAGUGGCACAAGCUGACGGAGCAGCGGGAUCGAGAUACCAACCACUUGAAGGACGUGCUGGACAUCUUGCAGGGCCUGAGGAGGUCCUACAGAGAGGCGCAGCAGAGCGGCAUGGGCCACGACCUGCUCGUCGAGCUGCAGGAUGACAUGGCGUUCUUUAGAACACUGAAGGAGCAGACGAAGGAGAGGAUGCGGCAGGCCAUGCGGGACGCUCGAGAACGAUCAACCAACAAGCCCAACGCGUCGGCUUAA